AUGAGAAAUUCAACAUGCCUUCUUCAGCCAUCAUUAGCUACUACUGUAGCUCUACCAGUCAUCUACUCUUUCCUAUUUCCUGCUGGAAGUUUUGGAAAUAUUCUCUCUGCCUGGCUACUUUCAAGGCGAGCACCCACAAAAAGAACACAAUACAUUUACCUGGUAAACCUUGUAACUGCAAAUUUACUUGUAUGUAGCACUAUGCCUUUUCUGGCUGCGUAUUUUGCAAGAGGGUACCAAUGGACUUACGACUCUGUCGCAUGUAGAAUAGCAAAUCACCUUGGGACUCUCAUUAUGCACGUCAGUAUGUAUGUUACGAUUAUAAUUUUAUGUUCAACUGCUCUAAGUCAGUAUGCAACACUGAAGAAAAAUAGUGACACACAAUGUUCUCAAGCAGUUAAUGAAAACUUUUACAGAUGUGUACUUGAAAAGUUUCGUCAGCCAAAAUUUGCUAAAUAUUUGUGCAUCAUUAUAUGGCUUACUGUGCUCUGCAUAACCGUAACAGCUAUAACAUAUAAUGUCCAGGCAAGGGCUCCAGAAGGAUUUCAUAGCUGCUACAACAUCAGGGUAGAAGCUGGUGAAUUUACUGCAAUGAUUGCAGCUUCUCUUGCCACUGCAUGUUUUUUUGUAUCUUUUAUGACUGUUUUGUUGUCAUACUAUUCUCUUACCAGACAUCUGAGUAAAAUACAAAAAAAUACCUGUAUUGGAGAAAAACACCUAAUUUACAGAACAGUGAAAAGAAACAUUCUUGUCAUACAGAUGAUAUUAACUGUCUGCUUUCUUCCAUAUCAUAUUUUUAGGCCAAUUUUUUAUGUACUGCUUACAAAUAAUGACUGUCCAAGGUUAAACUAUCUAGUGGAAAUUAAAAAUUUCCUUACUUGUCUUGCUGCUGCUAAGAGUAGUUUAGAUCCAGUCAUAACCCUUCUGCUAGAUCAAACAUUUAAGAAAAGUCUGUAUGGCCUGUUUACAAAAUCCACACCAGAACACCACAAACGUAAAGCUGGUACGUUCACUGAAGAGACUCCCGAAAUGUGA